GUCGGCGCGCCCUAAAAUUUUGAGUUUGUCCGCGGCUCCGCAGCGUUCUCGCCUACGGUGAACAUAUGGCUCAGUUCUGGCGACCGGGCUCGGAGCGACCCCGAGCGACGCUAGUUGACGAUGAAGAGGGCGGCGUCCUUUUCGUCUCCGCGCCUCCUCCCUCCUCAUCCUCCGGGUUCGGACACUCGAGCUUGGAGAGGCAGCGGCAGAGGCUGCCGGUGUUCAAGUACCGGGAUGCCAUCCUUUACCUGGUGGAGAAUCACGCUACUACGAUUAUCGUUGGUGAGACCGGCAGCGGGAAGACCACCCAGAUACCCCAGUAUCUUAAAGAGGCAGGUUGGGCUGAAGGUGGUCGUGUUGUAGCUUGCACACAACCUAGGCGAUUGGCUGUUCAGUCAGUCGCAUCACGGGUAGCUGAGGAGAUGGGUGUCAAAAUUGGAGAAGAAGUUGGUUAUACUAUACGAUUUGAAGAUCAGACAAAUCCGAGUGUGACUGUGAUAAAAUUUCUCACUGAUGGGGUGCUGAUCAGAGAAAUGAUGGAUGAUCCUCUUUUAACCAAGUAUAGUGUCAUAAUGGUGGACGAGGCUCAUGAAAGAUCCUUGUCAACGGACAUGUUAUUAGGCCUCUUGAAGAAGAUCCAACGCCGGAGGCCUGAGUUGCGUAUAAUCAUAUCAUCUGCAACAAUUGAGGCAAAGUCCAUGUCAACUUUUUUCCAAGCUAGAAAGAAGGAUUUACGGCAUGCAGCUGAAGACUCUGUGCCAAGUCAUCUGCCUGCCGUCCUUUCUGUUGAAGGUAAAGGUUAUACUGUGGAAAUUCAUUAUGUUGAAGAGCCAGUGCCUGAUUAUUUGCAAGCCGCUGUUGGUACUGUUCUAUCAAUCAAUGAUAAGGAGCCAGCUGGUGAUAUUCUGGUGUUCCUUACGGGUCAAGAUGAUAUUGAUGCUGCUGUAAAGUUAUUGAGGGAGGAUACUCAAGAUGAUCGAAGACGCACAUCAGGGUUGUUGGUUUUGCCAUUAUACUCUGGACUUUCACGUGUUGAUCAGGAUCUGGUAUUUGCUCCUACUCCCAAGGGAAAGAGGAAAGUUGUGAUAUCAACCAAUAUUGCAGAGACAUCAUUGACUUUAGAGGGUGUUGUCUACGUUGUGGAUAGUGGAUUUUCGAAGCAGAGGUUUUACAAUCCGAUUUCUGACAUUGAGAGCUUGGUGGUGACACCAAUAUCUAAGGCUUCUGCAAGACAAAGGGCAGGGCGAGCUGGAAGAAUACAACCAGGGAAGUGCUUUAGGUUAUAUACAGAAGAGUACUUUUUGAAGGAAAUGCCCACAGAAGGAAUUCCAGAAAUGCAACGAUCAAACCUUGUCUCGUGUGUGAUACAAUUAAAGGCAUUGGGUAUAGAUAAUAUAUUGGGCUUUGAUUGGCUAGCUUCUCCACCACCAGAGGCAAUGGUGCGAGCUCUUGAAGUUCUAUACUCUCUUGGAAUUCUUGAUGAAGAUGCCAAACUCACGUCACCUAUUGGUUAUCAGGUGGCUGAGAUUCCACUGGACCCUAUGAUCUCUAAAAUGAUCUUGUCAGCAUGUAACUUUGGUUGUUCUGAGGAGAUAAUCACUAUAGCAGCAGUUCUAUCUGUUCAGUCUAUUUGGGUUUCUAUGUGGGGAGCACAGAAGGAAUUUGAUGAAGUGAAGUUACGUUUUGCUGCUGCAGAGGGAGAUCAUGUUACAUAUCUUAAUGUCUAUAAAGGGUUUCUUAACUCUGGAAAAUCUUCACAAUGGUGUUACAAAAAUUAUCUCAACUAUCAAGCUAUGAAGAAGGUUGUGGAUGUCAGAGAACAACUCAGCCGGUUAUUGAGGCGACUUGGUUUAGCCCUCAAGUCUUGUGAAAAAGACACACAGAUUCUAAGGAAGGCCAUAAUUGCUGGAUUUUUUGCAAAUUCAUGCCACUUGGAGGAAUAUAGUCACAAUGGAUUGUACAAGACAGUCAGGAGUUCUGAAGAAGUAUACAUUCAUCCUUCUUCUGUACUCUUCAGGGUUAACCCAAAGUGGGUGGUGUAUCAUUCCCUCGUGUCCACUAACAAGCAUUAUAUGCGCAAUGUAAUUGCUAUAGAUCCAUCCUGGCUUAUCGAAGCUGCACCACAUUUCUAUCAGGUUCGGACACCUAAUCUUGCCCCUUGCUGACAGUAAUUACUGUAGAAACCCUUUUUGUACUCUGCAGUUGAGGAUAUCAAGUUGACACAGCGCUUAAUUUUCUACUAUCAGUUGGACGCUACUAGUAGUCUUUGUAUUUAUCCAGCGGAUUGUUCAUCCGUGUCUAUUUGGUUUCAACUGUCAUCUACCAUUAUUUUGCUGCGUUGUUUUUCCUUUCUGUAUUUAUCUUUUCUUGCUAGCUACUAUUUACGUAUCCUCCCAAACGGUGCCUCUUGUCUGGUUAACUUGGUCAGUAAAUUGGUAUGUUUUGUGGGUUUUGAGU